UUUUUUUUUUCGUACUCACUGACGUUGCACUGUGACAAUUUGGCUUGAAGGCAUUAUUGCCUUCAUUAUUCUGAUAUUAGUUCUGUUAGUUUUAUCUCGGUAUUCCUGUUACUUGGCUCACAUAUAUUCUAAUACAAUAGCAUAUUCUGAAAUUCAAAAAAUUAUAACGUAAUAAUGGAUGCGGAUGGUUCGGCCCAGGAUGAAUCUGUUAGCGGUGGUCCAGGACAAGCUGCCAUUAGUGGUAGUCGGGCUCAGAGUCCAUCAGCAUCUGCAAGUGGUUCAUCAUCAACCUCAACGACACCGACAGAUGUUCAUAUGCCGGUCGCUGAGAACUGGUGUCACACACAGGUAAAAGUAAUCAAAUUUAAUUAUAUGUGGACUAUUAACAAUUUUUCAUUUUGUCGUGAAGAAAUGGGCGAAGUACUGAAAAGUUCAACGUUUAGUGCUGGUUCGAAUGACAAGUUAAAAUGGUGUUUAAGGAUUAACCCAAAAGGACUUGAUGAGGAGUCAAAGGAUUAUUUGUCACUUUACUUGUUACUUGUACAAUGUGCUAAAAAUGAAGUACGCGCUAAAUUCAAGUUUUCAAUACUGAACGCUAAAAGGGAGGAAACUAAAGCUAUGGAAUCUCAACGUGCAUAUCGCUUUGUACAGGGAAAGGAUUGGGGAUUCAAGAAAUUUAUUCGUCGAGAUUUUCUUCUUGAUGAAGCAAAUGGUCUCCUUCCUGAAGAUAGACUAAGUAUUUUUUGUGAGGUAUCAGUUGUAGCGGAAACAGUUAAUGUAACAGGUCAAUCAAAUCUUAUGCAAUUCAAGGUACCAUCUUGUCGGUUAUCCGAUGAUAUGGCUAAUCUUUUCGAGAAACAUUGUUUCUCAGAUUGCCUUUUGGUAACUGGUACAAAGGAGUUUCAUGUACAUAAAGCAGUAUUAGCGACAAGGUCUCCUGUAUUUGCUGCAUGCUUUGAACAUAAAAUGAGUGAAUCACAGUCGGAUCGUGUUAUAAUCGAUGAUGUUGAACCAGAUGUUAUGAAGGAAAUGUUACGAUUUAUGUACACUGGGACAGCACCCAAUCUUGAUCGUAUGGCUGAUACGCUGUUAGCCGCAGCCGAUAAAUAUCAGUUAGAUAGAUUGAAAGUUAUGUGUGAGCAAGCGUUAUGUUUAAACCUUACGAAUGAAAAUGCCUGUGAGACAUUGAUCCUUGCUGAUUUACAUAGUGCUGAACAAUUGAAACACCAAGCCAUUGAUUACAUCAAUGUACAUGCGAAUGAAAUAAUGGAAUCAGAUGGUUGGAGUUGUUUGGUGCGCGAUCAUCCACCAUUACUUGCUGAAGUGUUCCGUGCAUUAGCAACCCAACAAACGCCACCGAUCAUUAUGAGCCAUCCACCACGAAAACGUCUAAAACAUUUGUAGUUUUUGCUUCCCUUUCCUUUCAUUUUCUUUCUGUACAUGAAAGUUAUCAUGCGUUGAUUUUUCACCGUUGUGCAUCAAUAAAUGCAAAAAAGAAAAAGAAAAGGGGAAAAAAACAAUAAAAUUUGUUGGAAAAGAAAAAGAUGAAGCGUUAACAAAAGGUAGUACAAAGAGAAGAAUUAUUGAUUGGC